AUGUCACCGCGUCCGCUCUGCAGGCACUGCAAUGAAGAGGAGGCCACUGUGAGGCGGCCUCACAGCGGGCAACUUUUGUGCCGAACGUGUUUUUUUCAUUUAUUUGAAGAGGAAGUGCAUGAGACGAUAAUAGCAGAAAAGCUUUUCACACCGGGCGACAUUGUGGCAUGUGGAGCAAGUGGGGGCAAGGAUAGUACGGUUCUAAUGCAUCUCAUGAAGCUACUGAAUGAGCGCCAUGGGUACGGAGUACAGUUCCUCCUGCUGAGCAUUGACGAAGGAAUCACUGGAUACCGUGACGAUAGCCUAAAGACGGUGCAGCGCAAUGCAGCACAGUACAAACUUCCUCUGCGUGUGCUAUCGUACAAGGAACUGUAUGGGUUGACAAUGGAUGAGGUUGUGAAGCUGUCAGGUUUACGCAAUAGUUGUACCUUUUGUGGUGUGUUUCGUCGGCAGGCACUGGAUCGUGGUGCGGCGUUGCUUGGGGCGACAAAGAUUGUGACAGGACACAAUGCCGAUGAUUUGGCAGAGACAAUUCUAAUGAAUGUCUUGCGCGCGGAUCUUCCACGUCUCUCGCGAUGCACAAGCGCCAUUACUGCUGGAGAGGGUCUCAUUCCUCGUGUAAAACCCUUGAAGUACGCCUAUGAGAAGGAGAUUGUUCUGUACGCACAUCUUAAUAAUUUGGAUUAUUUUACCACGGAGUGCACCUAUAGCAGGGAGGCCUUCCGUGGUGAGGCACGUAUGCUUCUGAAGGAGAUGGAAAUACUUCAGUCACGUUGCAUUAUAGACACUGUCCGCUCUGGGGAGCGUCUGCGUGUAAACGAGCGGGAGUCCAUGCCUGAACAUCCACAGGGCUCUUGUGAUCGCUGUGGUUACGUCACAAGUCAGAAGCUUUGCCGUGCAUGUGUGCUACUACAGGCAUUAAGUGGCGGUGAUCCCAUGGCGGCUGUGCGGGGACAGCACUAG